GUAACCGCCCAUAUAAACCUAAAUGACAUCGCGAGAGGAAGUGACACAUAAGUUGUGACAGUAGAACGGCUCCUGUCCGAUUAAAGUAGUUUAAUGGCUAAAGUGGAGAUCGCUCCUCUGAGAUGCUGGGAUGAUUUCUUCCCAGGUUCAGAGCGUUUCGCCAAACCAGACAUGCAAGAUUUGUCGAAAUGGAACAACAGGGUGGUCAGCAAUCUUUUGUACUAUCAGACAAACUAUCUGCUUAUGGCCAUCGUUAUUUUCAUGGUUGUAGGGUUAUGGAAUCCUGUUGGCAUGUUCACAGGUGGAGCAGUGAUCACUUCAGUCAUCAUUGGCUCUGUAUGGGCAGGGGAAAACAAGGCAAUGAUCAAGAGCUUCAAAAGGGACAACCCUACCUUAUUUGUUUUCCUAGUCUUGGUGGUGAGCUACCUCCUUAUGUCACUCUUUGGUGGAGUCAUGGUGUUCCUGCUUGGCAUUAAGCUACCACUUCUUUUGAUCUUCGCACAUGCAUCACUCCGCCUCCGGAACAUGAAAAACAAACUGGAAAAUAAGAUGGAAAGUGCAGGACUCAAAAAAUCACCCAUGAGUAUCAUACUUGAAGCACUGGGGCAACAAGAAGAGAACCUCAAUAAGAUUCAAAGCUUUCUGGAGAGCAAACUCAACGAAUGAACUUUUUUUACCUUUCUGAUGUUCUCACAAAUAAAUGAAGGAAUAUGAAGAAAUGUUUAUAUGUGAAAUGUUUUCAACUGGCACAAUUUUCCAAAUCUACUGUAUUUCUCUCAACAUGCACGUUGAGCUUCUUUGGCUUCCUCAGUGUAUCAGUGUAAGUUCCCGUGGUUAUGCACAACCAGGAAAAUCAGGAACAUUUUCAAGAGUUUUCCAAAACAUGAAUAUGAAUAAAUCCUGAUAAAGUCUAUUGCGCAUAUAAUUAAAAUGAAGAAAAAUGGGAAAGUUGUGGGAAAAUGUUCAAAUAUCUGCUCAUGAAAAAAAUAGUUUGGGAAACCUGUUUUUCAAUGACAGACUGGGAAUCUGUAUUUUUUAAGCACAGCGUUUAUAUAAUGUGAUGAAGCACAGAUUUGUUUACACUUCAGGUCAUGUAUGUAUUAGGUCAGCCAUAUGUUUGUGCUAUUUUUUUAAUUUUUUUAUUUGUAUUUACUUUAUUCUCCACGCUGUGAAAAACCAAAGUGUUGUUAUAGUGUCAUACAAAAUAAGAAUGUCAUCAGUUUUAUGCAAUAUCCAAAUGUUUGCAGUGUUGUGUUGUACAAUAAUAUACAGAUCACACAGUAAUUUAAAUGAGCUUAUUAAAUCAUGGUUAUCACCUUAAAGGGAUAGUUCACCCAAAAAUGAGAAUUUUGUCAUCAUUUACUCACCCUCAGAUUGUUCCAAACCAGUUUCAAUUUCUUUGUUCUGCUAAACACGGGAAGAUAUUUGGAAGAAUGUAUGUAACCAAACAGAUCUCAUCCCCCUUUGACUCCCAUAGUAUUUAUUUUCCCUACUAUAUGGCAGUAAAUGGGGGAUGAGAUGUUUGGUUACUGACAUUUUUCCAAAUAUCUUCCUUUGUAUUUAGGGUGAAUAAAUAAUGAUAGAAUUUUCAGUUUUGGGUGAACUAUCCAUUGAAACCCUCAAGGUAUAAUAACUCAAUCUUUGUGAUAUUUGUUGAAUUUUCAGUAAUGCUGUACUAAUCUAUAUCUACAUAAAUCUAUGCAAAAGACUUUGAUAAUAAAACCAAA